AUGAGCGGAGAAAGAUCGAAUCUUGAAGUGUUAGCUAAGGAAGCUGGGGUUACUCCUCACGUGGCUAUAUAUGGGGGAGGUUCUAUGGCCAAAUGUAUCUCUGAAGGUGCUUUGAACACUGAAUUUAUCAGCAAGCACCAAAUUUCCAUAUCAACCAAGAGUACGGCUAGUGCGAUGGGGUGGACAAAUAAUGGUUAUCAAAAUGUUUACACUGAUGUGAACGAACAAAGUAGAACCCAUUCUGAAGGAAUUGCUAUAAUAGGUGUUAAGCCACAAGCUAGGAACUCGUUGUGGAGUAGCAAAGUGGAUUUUUCCAAAUAUAAUGCUAUUGUCUCGCUUAUGGCUGGAAUCACCACUGAAACCCUUGAGAAUGAAAUAUCUGAAUUCUGCCCGAACCCUCCCCCUAUUAUUCGAAUUUUUCCGAAUUCACCUUGUGCCGUAGGCAAAGGUACCACCCUAAUUUGUAACAACAAAAAAGUUAGCGAAAAAACGUUCAAACUAGUGAAAGCUUUGGUGGAGACGUUCAGUACCGUUCACAUUAUUGAUGAAAAUCAGAUAAAUGCAGCUGGAGCAUUAACAGCUUCUUCUCCAGCAUGGACAUAUAUGUAUAUUGAAUCGCUGGCUGAUGGGGGUGUUUUAUCCGGAUUACCGCGGAGCGAAGCUAUGAAAUACGCCGCUGAAGCGGUUAUUGGAGCUGCUCAAAUGGUGCUAGCCAGAGGAUGUAAGAAUCCUGGUUCAUUAAAAGAUGAGGUCUGUUCUCCAGCAGGAACUACAAUAGCAGGUGUUCGACAACUUGAGAAGACCUGUUUUCGUUCAGGAGUGAUGGAAGCGGUCAAAGCAGCAACUGAUCGUGCUAAAGAAUUAUAA